AUGAAUUUAACAAGUGGUUUCGUCACAACCGGAGGUGACACUGGAACAUGCGGAUCAGGAUUAAAUCAGUUUAGUCCACACGGUCUUUAUGUUGAUCAAAAUGGUAGUAUGUAUGUAUCAGAUGCAAAUAAUCAUCAUGUGUUGAAAUAUAUUGCAGGUGCAACUCAAGGUAUUAUAGUUGCAAGUGGAAAUGGUUUAUGA